AUGGUUGAAAAAUACGGUUUAACACAUCUUAGUACCGGUGAUCUUUUACGGAAUGAAAUUGAAUCAGCUGGUGCAAAAGCUGAAACAUUAAAAAAAAUGAUGCAAAAUGUGGUCGAUUUGAUGAUAGCUCUGAGACAAUCCAAAACGAUUGAAACAUAUGAAACUGCUAGUACACCAGUAAUCGAUUACUAUGAUCAAAAGGAAAACUUCUUCAGGUGUGAAUAA